AUGGUGGUGACUGACGCUGAGUAUGGUCGAGCGAUGAACCUUCUGAGGGGAUGGGAUGUUGUCGAAGAAAGUCCCUUGUUAAUGGGUCUCGGCGACUCUUUAAGUCCUAAAGAGGAUCUCAUCAAACAGUUAUGGAGUGGAAAAGGAGACUUCCAGAAAAUUCGUAGACGGCUUCUUGCACCUCCAGAGGAACGGGAUGAAAUGUUGCGUGAGGAACUGGAGCAACUCAAGCAGAAAAAGCUGACGGAUAAGUCGGACACAUAA